AUGGCUCAAAUCCAGUUGCUAACGAAAGGAAGUGAACGGCCACCUAAAUCUUCCAAAGUACGCUUAUAUGGUGCACGAUUUGACACUCACAGCGCCGGAAUUCGCUAUGUACUGCGCGAUAAAGGGAUCGAUUUCGAAGAUGUAUACAUACAUACCUUCGUCAAACCCGAAUGGUAUGAGGAUAUUAAUCCGGUAGGUAAAAUUCCUUGUGUGGAAUACGGCGAUGAAAUUGUUCCUGAAACCUUUGUAAUCUAUGAUUACCUGGAGGAAAAAUUUCCAAGUAAAGGCUCUCAGCAAAUGGAUGCAUACAAAAGAAGUAUGGAUAGAGUGUUCAUGGUACGAUGUGCUGAAUUUUUAACACCUAAAAUUAUCGACUGUAUGAAAAAUGCAAAGGAUAAUCUUGCAAGCUUAGAGCAAGCCUUAUUAAAAGUCAAUGAUAUCUUGCUUAAGCGAGGUACUCAUUAUUUUGGUGGCUCUAGUCCAAACUACGUUGAUUACUACUUAUGGAGUUGGGUAGAAGUCAUGCCGGUGAUGAUUGGGCUUCAUGGAGUAAAACUGGAAUUGGAUAAAGAGAAAUACACAACCUAUUUGGCUUGGAUCGACCGCAUGGAUAAGAACGAACACGUUGAAAAGGAUCGCUUAGAACGUAAAGUCAAUUUUGAGACCAGAACAGAAUAUUUAAAAUCCCUUUUAGCUGGUCGUCCAAAUCCAACUAUUGGGCUUUAA